ACACGGCUCUGCUGCUGCUGCCAGAUGAAAACCCAACAGCGCCAGGCCCACAUGCGACGUCAACUCCUUUUUGGUGCUGUAACCCCACCCCAAAAACCGGAUAUGAUUCUUCCGCGGGGAGAUAAAUAAAAACAACAGAGGAGCAGAUAAAGAGACACGCGCGGCGGAGGGACACACACGGACUGAAGCGGAGUUAAGCGUGUUUGCGCCAGAGUUUUUCCAGGACACCAUAUGGACAUUGUGAGCGGGAUUAAAGUUGAUGAAGAGGAGAAAAGAGAUGAUUAAUCUUUCAGUCCUCACAGACUCUUCCUAUCAGACUGACUGCUGAGGUGGAGGUGAAGCAGGAAAAGUGAAUUCCUUAAAGGCAGGGGCUCUGGAGAUGCCUCUCCCCCAGGGAAUGCUGCUCUGCCUGGGCAUCCUAAUGAUGGCUGUUGGGGGGGUCAUGGCCCUGUGCUUGGGUCUGCCCCACCAGUCGGCCCCACUGUUUGGGGUGGGUCUGUUCCUGGGCCUGGGGGGCGUGGCCCUGCUGAUCAGUGGACUCUGCAUGGCCAUGAAGAAUCUGCAGGUGGCGGUGCCCGGACACUUCCUCCUGCACCCCCGCACAGGCAGGCGCUUCAGCCCCCAGCAGGCCCUGGCUAUUCAAAGGAGGUUGGACCGGAUUCGUCGAGAGAUGUCAGAGGACUCAGUAUGCAGCAGGGCACCAGAGCCCGAACCCCCCCUCCCAUCCACCCCCCCGCCCUGGACUAUGGAGCCGCCUCCAUCCUACGACACCGUGAUGAAGAGCCAGGAGCACAGCGAGCAGCUUUAACCACUCGGUGGACAUAUUUACUCUAUUGUUGCCUUUUGUCUUAGGAUCUCAGUGGGAACCUUAUACGUUAACAGUGCUAUGGAUGAACAUGAGGCCUCUUCUGUGCCUUAAGCCAGUCGUCCUGAACCCAAACAUAAGCCAAAGAGCAGAAAAAGACAGCAGCUGGGCAAAGACUCAAUAUUUGUACAGACUGAGCCCCAGUGUGGCCUCUGUGUUGACUGAACCUGAUGUGAUUGAUUGUGAAAGGUAAUGAAAUGAUCACUACAACUGCUCUGCUCUAUACACUCAUGGCCUUUCUCCAGACCAACAUUAGGUCACUUUUACAACAAAGUUUAGGGAUUUAUCAACAGUUUGGCUGCAAAUCUCGUUUAAGCACCUAAUAAGGAUGUUGGCUGAUUGAGUUUAGGUGACCUACUACUGUGGCUGCAGAGCUAUGUUCUUUAAGCACGAUAAGAACUUUCCUCACAGCUCUGUAUCUGCACCCUCUCCUCUCAUAACUCUGCUCGAGGAUCCUUCACAGCUUAUGCAAAGUGCCUUCACCAUCGUCAGCAGAAUGUAACAUUACCGCUUUGUAUCCUGUGUUCGCAAAUGAUCCACUGUUAGUCUUAUGUUGUGAUCUUUUUAUAAACUCUAGUUAAUGAUUAGCUACUAUGCUCUCUGUGGGUGGUGGAGCACUUAGUACAAAUUGUUUGUUUAUUUAGAAGAGGGAAACCUUGGAAAGGCGGAGGAGAGAGACGUUGACUCAGUUAAAAUCAUGUCUAAACCAAGCAAACAUAAACUCUCACUCGGCUCCAACUGUUCAA